AUGUUGGAUCAGAUUCAUCUGCUGGCUGCCGUGACAGUCCUGGGAGUCCUGGAGCAAGCCUAUUUCUUCCUCCAGGUGAUCUAUGCUAGGAGGGUAUUUGGCAUUUCUCCUCCAAAGAUCUCAGGCCCACCUGAAUUCGAGAGGAUCUUUCGAGCACAGGUGAAUUCCUCUGAAUAUUUUCCCAUUUUCCUGGCACUUCUGUGGCAGGCUGGACUUUUCUUCCAUCAAGGUCUGGCUGCAGCCUUGGGUCUGCUCUACCUCUAUGCCCGCUACUGCUACUUUAUGGGAUACAAGGCAUCGUCCUCAGAAAGGCUCACCCCAAUAUACUUUAGCACUGGAGUUCUCUGGAUUCUCGUUGCAGCAUCAGCCUUGGGCAUCUUGCAUUUCUUCCUCUCUCACUAUGUGGGGCUGAACAUCCUCCAGCUUCUCACAGCGUGACCUGCUCCU